AUAUAAUGGUAGAAUGCGCGGAUGGCGGUUUUCGGGAUUCGGUAACGGCGUUCUCUGGUUAUCUCGCGGGAGUUUUUGGAGGAGCAGGCAGGAGGAGGAGGGGACGAAAAGGGGGAGAUAUCAUACAAGCUCGCUUAAAGAGGUCCAUUGAAGCAGCCAAAAGCGGUUUUCUGGUUCUUUUAAAUCGAAGGUGGUUUCAGAAAGCGGUAUUUUUUUUUGGGGCCGGAACAACGCAUGCGGAUAAGCGGUUUUAUCACCACAGAGGAGCAGAUUCAUUGGUCUGGAUCCCGAUCGUUACUCUUGACUGGGGGAAUUUCACCACCAAGAGUCUGUCAUUCUUUGGUGUAAAAUUUUCUUGCUCGAUCCUUUGUAUAUAGAUGGGGUAGAUUGCCGUACGACUAAACGGUGUUUUAGCUCUGAUUGAUUGGUUGAGGUAGUGGUUUUACGAGUAUCAGCAGCUGAUUUAAUGGCGUGCGGAGAAAGCUUCAGAAGCGCGACGAUUUCGCAAUCGAAUUUCUCGGCUGAACGUCCGGAGACUGGCUUGGGAGGAGGCGAUCUCUAUGCGGAACUAUGGAGAGCCUGUGCAGGACCUCUCGUCGAUGUUCCUCGGACGGACGAGAGGGUUUUCUACUUUCCUCAAGGUCACAUGGAGCAAUUGGAAGCGUCGACAAACCAGGAAUUGAAUAAUCAGACUAAUUUGUUUAAUCUUCCUUCCAAGAUCCUUUGCCGCGUCGUUCACAUCCAGUUACUGGCGGAACAAGAAACAGAUGAAGUUUAUGCUCAAAUAACCCUACUUCCGGAAUCAGAUCAAAAUGAGCCUACCAGCCCUGAUCCAUGCCCCGCUGAGUCUCGAAGGCCAAUCGUUCAUUCUUUCUGCAAGAUCUUGACUGCAUCUGAUACAAGCACACAUGGCGGGUUCUCUGUUCUGCGUAAGCAUGCCAAUGAAUGCCUCCCUCCAUUGGACAUGAGUCAACCGACUCCAACUCAAGAAUUGGCCGCUAAGGAUCUUCAUGGCUACGAGUGGCGAUUUAAGCAUAUUUUUAGAGGUCAACCACGAAGGCAUUUGCUUACAACUGGAUGGAGUACUUUUGUUACUUCUAAGAGAUUGGUCGCAGGGGAUGCUUUUGUAUUCUUGAGAGGGGAGAAUGGGGAGUUACGGGUUGGAGUCAGGCGUCUUGCUCGCCAGCAGAGCACCAUGCCGUCCUCUGUGAUAUCCAGCCAGAGCAUGCAUCUAGGAGUGCUUGCCACUGCUUCCCAUGCAGUGGCUACCCAGACCCUUUUUAUUGUUUACUACAAGCCAAGGACGAGUCAAUUCAUCAUAAGCCUGAAUAAAUAUUUAGAUGCUGUUAAUAACGGGUUUUCAGUUGGUAUGAGGUUCAAGAUGAGAUUUGAAGGGGAAGACUCUCCUGAGAGAAGGUUUACAGGCACAAUUGUUGGGGUUGGAGACAUAUCAUCCCAUUGGAAGGAUUCCAAGUGGAGAUCAUUGGAGGUGCAAUGGGAUGAACCAGCAUCUAUUCAUCGACCAGAGAGGGUUUCUCCAUGGGAAAUUGAGCCCUUUGUUGCUUCUGUUCCACCAAGUCUGACUCAGCCAAUGGCAGUAAAGAACAAAAAGCCCCGAACAACGAUGGAUCCCCCAGUGCUUGAAACUACUGCAAGUUCUGCUUCCUCGGCAUUCUGGUAUCCUGGUUCUACUCAGCCCCAUGACUUCACACAAUUAAGUGCCGAAGGGCAAAGCAGUGACACCCAAGUUGUCUGGCCCCCUAAGCAGAAAGAAAAGAGUAGUAUCGUUAACAGCAACAGCAACUGUAGCUCGAGGAACAGGCCGGAGGGGACCUGGUCUUCUUCUCCCCUUGUUAAUGUUUCUCUAAAUCUGUUUCAGGACAGAACUGAAGAUGGGAAAAGUGUGCCUGCAUGGUCAGUCCUCUCAAGGAUUUCCACUACCGACUCCUCAAAGCUGAGCAAUAGCACACUGCAUGAUCCAAUGGAAAAUGGAAAAAAAUCUGAGCCAUCUAGUGGAUGCCGGUUGUUUGGGAUUGAACUAAUAAAUAAUUCAAAUGUUGUAGCUCCUGCAGAUAAGACACUCCCAGGGCCGGUUGGUGUAGCCAAUGCCACAACUGAAAUGCUCCAUUCAGUUACUGUGUCUGAAGCAGAUUCUGACCAGAAAUCUGAGCUUUCAAAAGCUUCCAAAGAACAGAAACAAAAUUCUUUGCAGGUAUCACCGAAGGAGAUCCAGAGCAAGCAGAGUUGCUGUACUUCAUCCAGAAGUCGCAUAAAGGUGCACAUGCAAGGGCAUGCGGUUGGUCGGGCUGUAGACUUGAGCAUGUUAGAAGGUUAUGACCAGCUUAUAAACGAGUUGGAGGAGAUGUUCGAGAUUAAAGGAGAGCUUCGCCCAAGGAACAAAUGGGAAGUUGUAUACACUGACAAUGAAGGGGAUAUGAUGCUCGUGGGUGACGAUCCAUGGUUGGAGUUUAUCAAGAUGGCAAGGAAAAUCUCCAUCUACUCGAGCCAGGAAGUGAAGAAGAUGAGUACGAGAAGCAAGAUUCCUGCAUCAUCUCAUUCUGAUGGAGUCGUAAGCUUGGAUGCAGAGCUGAAAACUGAGAUAUGAAGAGUUUGUUUUGUUCCUGUCAAGUCGAUUCACUUCUUUCAUCCUGACCGUGAAUGGAUGCCAAAUUCACGGGCAGGAUGUGGUUUAUAGGGGGAGAGGGCUAGUAGUGGGGGGGGGAGCUGGAAUUCAGAAUUCUGCAUCGUGUGUAUUACUUUCUCCGUUUUUUUUUUUUUUUUUCUUGUGUGUCAAUGAUUUCUUUUGGACGUGUCUAACUUGGGAGGCGAGGAGAGAAUAUACUGUUACUAAUUGGGAGCUCGGUUUUUUAGAGCUUAUUACAAUUUACAAACAACAAAAGGGGGGUGAUGGGAAUGGUAAUUAAAUUAGACGAGGAUGGCAUCUCUGUAGAGGGGGUUGGGUAGGUUUCGGUUGUUAAAUCACUGAAAAGUAGGACGUGAAGGUGGUGGGAUGUGAAGCUGUGAAUACACCAUGGUUUUGGCCUGUUAGGGCCAUUUUUUAUCUGCUUGUAAUUUGUAAAUAUAUGUAUUUUUUGGUCCUUUCUCUAGUGAGCUGGAAAUUGGGUUGCUCAAUUAUUUCCUCGUCUUA